AUGUAUUUCAGUUGUGAUGACACGGCAGUGGCUGUAGUAACUAGUGAUCGUGUUAUUCUAUCAUCGGAACGAAUCACAGAAAGAGCAAUUCAACGAAAACAAGGUGGAAUCAACCCAUCAGUCUGUGCUCAGCAACAUCGUCAGAAUCUCCCGAUUCUCAUUGAAAAAUGUUUAGAAGACGCUGGAACAUCACCAAAAGAUCUCGAUGCAGUGGCUGUGACAGUAACCCCAGGAUUAGUGAUUGCAUUGAAAGAAGGAAUUGCAGCUGCAAUUAGUUUUGCCAGAAAGCAUAAAUUGCCAUUAAUUCCUGUUCAUCACAUGCGAGCUCAUGCACUAUCCAUUCUUCUUGUUGACGAUUCAGUUCAGUUUCCGUUUUCCACGCUUCUUCUUUCCGGAGGUCAUGCUUUAAUUGCCGUUGCAGAAAAUGCAGAAAACUUUAAAUUGUACGGUCAAAGUGUAGGUGGAAGUCCAGGAGAAUGCAUUGACAAAGUGGCAAGACAUCUAGGCGAUUUGGAAUCUGAAUUCGAUGGAGUUCAUGCUGGAGUAGCAGUUGAAACACUGGCUUCUAGAUCCUCAGAAUUUGGUCAUCAACGAUACCCAAUAAGUUUUCCAAGCGUCGGAAAGGCAGACAUGAACUUUGAUCAAAUUAAAGGAUCUUAUCUGAAUUUGCUGGAUAAACUAAGAAGAACAGAGAAAGAGAAAGUAAACGUUUCAGACUUCUGUGCAAGUCUUCAGAAUACAGUAACCAGACAUAUCGCCAGCAAACUUCACGUCUUUUUUGAUACUUUGGAUUCUGAAAAACGACUGCCAAAACAGCUGGUUGUUGGAGGAGGUGUAGCUGCUAACGAGUACAUUUUCAAUGCAGUUUCAAAAUUGUCGUCGGCAUACGGUGUUUCUACUGUCAAAACCCCAUUGACUCUCUGCACAGACAACGCCGAAAUGAUUGCUUACACUGGGAUUCUGAUGCAUCUUAAUAGAUCCGAAUCCAUUUAUUGGAGAUCCGAAGACAUUCCAGACACAAUUUAUGCACACGCUCGCACUCCAAUUGGCCCGGACGCUUCAUCUGAAAUUCUGAAUUUCCCGCGACGAGAGCUGGUGAAUUCUACGAUUCAUGGAUCCGGUCCGAUUCGGUUUCGAAACUAUGAUAAUUUUAGAAAAGUGACCUUGUGUCGUAACUCAUAA